AACGUACUUUAAAUACCGCAAGAUACAUCAAACGAUCUUUUUCUGUGACAUAUAUUGAUAGAAAUGACAAAAGUAAAAAAUCUUUCUGUGGAACAAGAUGAAAAUAAUCAGGAUGUAUUGGAAUUUGAAGAUAAUCUUGAGAAGACGUCACGCGACUUAGUCGCAGAUAUUUUAAAUCGGGCUAGAUCUGCAAUCGCACAUGAAUCGUUAGAUACAAAACAGAUUAUGUUGCUUCCACAAAAUUUUACGUCAUCGCUACCACAAUUAUCGACAGCAACUUUAUCUCCACCUAAAUAUGUCAGUGAAAAUGAUAAGAAUACGGGAGAAUGUGAUGAUGCGUUUGGCAUUACAUCAAUAAAUCAUAAGUCUGUCGUAAAUGAAGAGAUUCAACCCUCAAAUUUUCAUGAAGAACUAACUAUCCAACAGGAACCAUCUGAAGAAAAGGUUUCUAAUCAGUAUCAAACAAAAUUUGAUUUCAAGUCAAAUAUUUUGAAUGAUUUCAGAGGUAUUGGAGUUGGCUCAGCUACACCAGAUACUCCACGUCAAAGAGACUAUCAGUGGAAAUCAAGUAUAGAUUUACCUCCAGCAAAUAAUACUACUUUCACUCAUUCAUACAACUAUCCUCAGAAACCUGUUUAUUUAAGAGAAAUGUCUCUUUCACCUCCAAGUCUUUCGUAUGAUUUAGUUAAAGAUGAUUUAAUUACGUCAUCUCCACCAAACAAUUCUAAUUGUAUUGGCGAAUUCACAGCAUCAUCUAAAAUGUUAACAUACAGACAAGACUCCCCAACAGUUAUAAAUACAGACGAUAUGGAACAGAAGUUGAAACCAUUCAGUUCACCUCUACCAAUCUACAUUCCUUCAACAGCGUGUACACGUAUUCUUAAAAAUUCUGAAGUUCAUAGAUUUACAGGUGACUGUAAUUCACAACAGCGAAGACUUAGACACAAUGAUUCUGAAGUUGGUAAAUUAUCAUACAGUGACAGUACGUCUUCGGAAUUAGAAAAAAUAAGUAUUGAGUAUAAAAACGACAGUUUUAUGACAAAUAAAAAGCAAGCUAACAAACCGAAUAUACCCCGUUUACAAUUACCUUCAAGUCCAAAACUAACACAUUCACCUAAAACGAAUCAAAUGAGAAUUCGUCAAUCUUCGUUACUACGUAAUAGUAUUACAACAAGUAAAUCAAACAGUUUGAAAAUACCUAAAUCUACAAGCUCAUCAUUGUGUUGGUGGGAACCACUUAAUCGUCAUGACGCUCAUAUUAUAGAAGUAGAAGGAAUAAAUAAUUCACCAUAUAAUGAUAAAUUUAACCUACCUGAACCUAAUCCAGAAGUACUGAAACAUUAUUAUUAUUUAUGUGCUCAACAGCCAGUGAAAGAAGCUUCUCUUAUGAAAGCAAUAAAUGAAGCUGAAAUUCAAGCAAAAUAUGAUAAAAUUGCACAUUAUGAAUUUUUAAGACGAAAAUCUUUACAACAUCAGUAUAAGCGAACUAGAUUUUUAAAUUCACAUCAAUCCAGAAAGUUUGGCAUUGAAUCGAAACAUUUAAACAAAAUAAAUAAUAACAACAAUAAUAGUACUAAUCGACCAAAUUUAUGUAGACCUGAACAUUUUACACAUUUAUUACAAAAGGAGAACAAACCGAAGAAACCUUCUGAAUAUUCAGAUGAAGAUGAUUUAUGUUCAACUAUGAAAAAGUCAAAAAAACAACGAUCGGUAUUAAGUAGUACAAUCCAUAAUAUAAAUAAACAAAAUGCAGAUUCACCUACAUAUAUUAAUUGUGAGUAUGCAGAUAAUCUACCUAAACCAUUUCACUCAGCAGAGCUGCAAACUGAAAACCAUUCAAAUGAAAAUGGAUUACACAACAAGAGUAUUCAUUCACGUCGAAAUAAUUUACAUACCAUUCAUCCGAAUUCUUCAUUUUAUCGAAAUUCAGACUUAUAUUCUGGAUCAUUGGAUAGAUUAAGGAGACGAUGUCAUUCAAUUGAAAGAGAACUAGGUUCAAUUGAAAGAGAUAAAUAUGAACAAGGUUUAAGUAAUCCAAUAUCAGGUGAUCCAAGAGUUGAUGCUCUAACAUCAGCCAAUAGAAUAUUACGUCAAAGAUUACAUGAUAUACAAAAGUUACAAGAAAAUAGAGAACAUGCUUUGAAUAAAGCUCAUGAAAUGGUUAAUGGUUUGUUAAAUAAGCAACAAAAACAAGCCUCAAUAAUUCGUGAAAGUACACGAAACUUUGCACAAACACCGUCAACUUCAUUAACAAAUAAUCACGAUAUUGAUGAUGAUCAUAAUAGAAAAAGUUAUAUAACAAAUUUAUACAAACCAGUGAUUAAAGAUGAUUCAUUCAAUUUGCCUACUUAUACACCAACUAAAUAUAGACAUUAUCAUAAUCAACAUCAUUUGCAGUGUCAUCAUGAUGUCAAUCAUAUCACUGAUCAUUAUGACCGAAAUUAUAAUCAGCAUUCACCAUAUAAUUAUUGUUCAAAUCAACGGAAACCAUUUAAUUGUAGAAAUAAUUCAACAAAUUUAUUACUCGAAAAAUUACGUUCAGAUUAUGCAGAUUUAGCAAACAGUGUUUGUCGUAUUGAAGAAAAAGCACGAGAUGCUGCAUCUUCUGUACAGUCAUUAUUAAGACAAUUUCAAAUGGGUCUUAUGGAACCGGUUAAUUUCAAUUCAAUGAAUCAAUUACCGAAUAGUGAUUCUCAUGAGUCAUUUAAUAGAGAGUCUUAUUCAAACGAGUUAUAUGAUAAAUCUGUUAUGCUUAGAUUGCAAAAGGCAAGAGAUAAAUUAGAUCAAUUGAAAUCUGAUUCGUUUCGACCAUCAAUAAACCUCCAAAGACAAGUAGACUAUACUGUACCACUAACAAUAUCAGUAGCACCAACGACCAAUUCAUUAUUAUCGUCCUCAAUCCCAGUAAUGACAACAACAUCUGGUACAGUUCCGUCAAAAAUGAAUCAUUAUAAUCUACAUGAACCACAUUUAAAACAUCCUAAUGUGUAUAAUCGUCCUUAUACUAACUCAUUAAGAUCAACUUGGCAUAUUAGUUAAGCUGUCAAUAUCUUAUUUCGGUCAUUUCUAAUUAUAAAUUAUAGACUGAUCAAUUAUAAAAAAUGAUUAAGAUUGAUGCGGAAAAGAAGGUAAUCUAACAGACAGGAACAAUCUCUAAUGACCUCAGGGAUUAAAAAUAGUUUCAUCAAGAAUUCUCUUUACUAUUUUUGUUUGCUUUUGCUUCUAUCGUGUUCUAGAAUAGUAAACAAAUACGUAUGGUAUUGCUUUUUAUACCAAAACUUUUUCUAGCCUAAAAUCUUUCUCUCUACCGAUUUGUUUAUUGUCUUGUUUUUGAUAGUCAUUCAUUAUUUAUGUACUUAGAUAUUUUAUAAUUUGUUUAAACCAAUCAAUUGGCUUAAACACUUUGAUAAACAGAUACCAUUGUUGAUAAGAUUGAAAAUGUUGUGAAUUUCCCAACAACAACAACAACAACAAAAGACGCUCAUAAAAAGUAGUAAUAUGUCAAUCUUAUUUAUUUAUUAUAAUAACUAUGAUCCAGAAACUUAAAGUACAACUCAAUAGAAUAAGGGGGGUUUUCAUUAUGUUUUCUUUUCUCCUCUCUAAUAUAUAUUUUGUUUCCUAGAACGUUUCACACUUUUGUUUUGAAUAUUGAAGAUUAUAAUCAUGAAUGUUGAAUUAUCAUUAUUUUGUUUGUUUUAAUUUUGUUACAUAUAUAUAUAUAUAUAUAUAUAUAUGUUACUUUUUGUAUUUUUUGCAUGGAUACAUUGGUUCAUUUAUGAUAAUUAAUAUAGAUGUUUCUAUGUAAAGUUUAAUUGGAUCAUUAUAAAAUAUAUAAUGAAUCCAUUUUGUUUAUUUAAAAUUAGAUCUGUAGUAUUUUAUAUAAAAUUUGACAAUCUAAUUGUAUACUGUUUAUUUUUCUUUCUUUUUUUGUUGUUGCUUAGUUACUAUGUGUUAGCGCUAAAUGAAAGGUUUAUUAUUUUGAGAAGUGUAACAUUUAGUAAAUAAACAAAUAGAUUUAGAUUAAUACUGUGAUAUUUCAGCUUAUGAAAUUUAAUCACUAUUUGAUACUUAACUGUUUUAUUUUCCAAUUAUAUCAUAAAUAUAUUUGUUUUUUUUAAAAAAA